CGGCCGCGUUCUCUCUUGUGGACCAGUCAACUCUCUCACUCCCCUACCAUUUCUUUCUUCAAGCUUAAUCCAAACCCCGCGCUUUCCCCAAACCUCCUCCUCCUCGGCUUUAAAAGAUCCAAAAUCUCUCCUUUAUUCCUACUUUUUUUCCCUCUUCCUUCCUCAUGCUUUCGCUUCUGCUCUUCUCCGGCUUCAGUUUCGGCAUCUUGUCCUCUCCCACGGUCUUCGAAUUCCUCCAAUAUCCCUUUUUUUCCUGAUUUUUCUGAUGGGAUUUUGGCCCUCUUUCGCCUAUGUUCUUGCCGAGAGAUAAAAUAGACGCCUUUCGGUCGGAGCGGGGGGAGAUGGAGCAGCGGCGGCAGCAGCAGGAGAAGGGGCGGGGGACGCGACGGCUGGAGCGACGGAACGCCGUGAAGAACAUCGACUACGACGCGUCGGACGAGUCCCCCGUCAUCCGUACCACCCGAUCGCUGGACUUCUUGUCAUCGUUGUUCUCGAAGCAGACGAGCUUCCGAAUUGGGGGCAGCAUCGAGGGCGAGGUCGACCUCCUCUACCGCAGCCUUGGGUUGACGGGACCCGAUGACUUCGCCAUCCCCGUCACCGCCUGGGAGGCCCGGAAGGCCCGGUGCUCCUCCGACCUCCUCCCCAGGUCCCGCCUCCUCUACCCUGAUAGCCCCAGCCCCCAAGAUCCCACCUCUGCCCCGAAUUCUACGCCUGCCGAUCCCCCCAGCACAUCGGCUGAAGAAUCCGUCGGCCGGCAGGAUGUCCGGGUGGAAGUUCCAAGCCAGCCUGACAGGCCCGUGGCUGAAAGUAAGGUUCUUGAUGGUGAAAAUCCGAAGAGUUCGACUUCGUCUCCAAUUGUAAAAGGAGGAGAUGGAGGAAUUAGAGGUUUUCGCCCUCCAGCUUUUGCUCCUUCCCCUGUGAUUUUGACUCUUUCCCCUCCACCAUGGAGGCCGCUCGCGCCGCCUCCAUCAAUGUCCAUUUCUGCCAUGGACAAGGAAGGCUCGACUUGGGAUAUAUUGAGGUCCUUUGCUCCUGAUGAAGAGAACAAUGAUCUUGGCGCGGAAGGGGGGAGAAGGAGAUCCUUUGACUCAGAGGAGAACGAGGAGGAAGAAGCUCCUGCUGGUGGAGAGGUUGCGGUGGUGGAGUUGACAUUGGUGGAGACGUCCGAGGGCUUUACCGGGACAUCGUCAUACUCCACCAUUAAUGACGACGACACCUCCAGUACAGCUACCGAAACAAUGUUUAUCGUCUCGCCGAAUGGCAGGGUCAAGAGGAGGAUCAGGUCAUGGAUGCGAGGUGGGCUCCUUGGGAGCGGUUCAUUUGGGAUGGUCUAUGAAGCAAUCAGCGAUGAAGGUGGAUUCUUUGCUGUUAAAGAAGUAUCUUUGCUUGACCAAGGAAGCAAUGCCCAACAAUGUAUUCUUCAACUUGAGCAGGAGAUUGCACUUCUAAGUCAAUUUGAACACGAAAAUAUAGUUCAAUAUUAUGGAUCAGACAAGGAAGAUUCAAAACUGUUUAUCUUCCUCGAGCUUGUUACUCAAGGAUCUCUUGCAUCUCUAUAUCAGAAGUAUGAUCUGCAAGAUUGUCAAGUCUCUGCAUUUACCAGGCAGAUCUUAAAUGGUUUGAAGUUUCUUCAUGACCGAAGUGUGGUGCACAGGGAUAUUAAAUGCGCGAACAUUUUGGUUCAUGUAAAUGGAUCUGUAAAACUUGCUGACUUUGGAUUGGCUAAGGAGAUAACCAAGUUCAACAUGCUGAAAUCAUGUAAAGGAAGUGUAUUCUGGAUGGCUCCAGAGGUUGUUAAUCCUAGAAAAACAUAUGGGCCUGCAGCCGAUAUAUGGAGUCUUGGGUGCACUGUCUUGGAGAUGUUAACACGGCAACUUCCUUAUCCAGAUGUGGAGUGGACUCAAGCUUUCUUCAGCAUUGGCCAAGGCCAACAACCUCCUAUCCCCAACCACUUGUCAAGAGAUGCUCGUGAUUUUAUCAGUCAAUGUGUGAAGGUUAACCCAGAUGAACGGCCUUCUGCUGCUCAACUAUUAGAGCAUCCAUUUGUGGUGAAACCGCUGGCAUCUUCUUCGGGAUCUGGUUCCUCCACACAUGGUAAUGAUUGAUGGAAUUAACUAAAAAAGGGAGUUGGCACUCGGAUGACAAUCUGAAGAGUAAAACAGAUAUUUGUAGGCUUUUGCGCAAAUUGGCGUGCAGAAGGUUGGAUCCUGCCCUGAUUUACAAGCAGAUUCUUGGAAGGCAAGGAAUACAAUUUUUGGUUUUCAUUGUGUCUAAGAGUUUCACCAGUAGUAUGAUUUAUUUAUUUUUUUAAGAUUUUUUUUUCAGGGUAGUUUCGAUGUUGUUUUGGUUCAUAUCCUUGCAAAGUCAGUCAUGUAUUUAGGUGCGGAGAAGAGAACUGGAUAUGCACCCAAAUGUGGGUGAGAUGAGUGCAUGAAUAUGUAAAUAUGUAGAUUUAUUUAAGUAUCAUUUUCAAGGCUA